UCCCGCAGACACCUCAAGAAUAUGCCUGACGGAGGAAUGCGUCAAGACAGCCGCAUCCCUGCUGGAGGCGAUGGACCAAACGGCGGACCCCUGCAACGACUUCUUCCAGUUCGCCUGCGGGAUGUGGAACCGCAAGCACCUGAUCCCGGAAGACCGUGCCUCCAUCAACACCUUCGAAGUCAUGGCCGACCAGCUGCAGAAGAUCCUGAGAGGCCUUCUGCAGGAGCCAAUCAAGAAGGACGAGGGGGAGGCCACCAGGAAAGCCAAGUUGUUCUACACGGCCUGCAUGAAUAAUAGCCAGAUUGAGGAGACGGGAGACGGGCCGCUGGUGGAGGUGCUGGAGUCCCUUGGAGGCUGGCCGGUCACCACGCCCAACUGGACCGCCCCGAACUUCACGGUGGAGACGCUGAUCGGGCGGCUGCGGGGCGAGCUGAACCAGGGCAUCCUCAUCGACCAGUGGGUUGGGCCCGACGACAAGAACAGCUCCGUCAAUGUUAUACAGCUAGACCAGAUGGUGCUCGGACUCUCCAGUCGGGACUACUUUCUGAGAGCAAACUCCUCCCGCAGAGCACUCGACGCCUACCUCAAGUUCAUGCAGGACGUGGCGGUGCUGCUGGGCGCGGACAGCGAGUCGGCGCGCCAGGACCUGACGGAGGUGCUGGCCCUGGAGACGCGCCUGGCUAACGCCACGAUGCCGGAAGCCGACCGUCACGACACAGGGAAGAACUACAUGAAGAUGAGUCUGGCGAAGCUGAAGAUGGAGGUGCCGGAGUUCGAGUGGUCGGACUACCUCUCCGCCUUCCUGGACGAGAGCCUGACGCCGGAGGAGCCCAUCGUGGUGUACUCCAUGCCCUACCUCAAGCGUCUGGCCAAGAUUAUGGUGUCCACGGAGACGAGAGUGCUGUGGAACUAUGUGCUGUGGCGUCUGGUGCUGGACGUGACGCAGCACCUCAACCGGGACUACCGCGCCCGCCGCCACGAGUUCCAGAAGGUGCUGUUGGGCAUCCAGUCUGACCGCAACCGCUGGAACCUCUGCAUCGACUGGACCAACAAGCGGCUGGGCAUGGCGGUCGGGGCGCUCUUCAUCAAGGAGAACUUCAACCCGGAGAGCAAAGAAACAGCGCUGGAGAUGAUACACACCCUGCGAGACGCCUUCUCCGACCUGCUGGAGGAGAACGACUGGAUGGAUGACGAGACGAGGGCCGUGGCGAGGGAGAAGGCCCAUGCCAUGAACGAGAAGAUCGGGUACCCGGAGAUGCUGACUCGGCCUAACGAACUGGCCAAAGAGUACCAGAAUCUGACCAUCGUGGAGAACCAGCACCUUCAGAACAUCUUUAACUGGCUCCGGUACGACGCCUCCAAGAAUCUAGGGCGCCUGCGGGAGGACGUUAACAAGUCAAAGUGGUCAACCGCUCCGGCCGUCCUCAACGCUUUCUACAACCCAAACUUUAAUGACAUCGUGUUCCCAGCAGGCAUCCUUCAGCCGCUCUUCUACUCCCAACACCUGCCCAAGUCUCUCAACUACGGAGGCAUUGGCGUGGUGAUCGGCCACGAGAUGACUCACGGCUUCGAUGACAAGGGCCGCCAGUUCGACAAGGAAGGAAACCUGAAGCAGUGGUGGAACAACAGGACCAUUCAGGCAUUUAGGGAACGAGCACAGUGCAUCAUUGAUCAGUACUCCGGCUACAAGGUGGACCAGGUGAACCAGUUCAUCAAUGGCAGGAUGACACAGGGAGAAAACAUAGCAGACAAUGGUGGAAUCAAGCAGGCAUACAGGGCUUACCGGCAGUGGGUGGAGAGGAACGGGGAGGAGAAGCUGCUACCCGGCAUCGACCUCACCCAUGACCAGCUCUUCUUCCUCAACUAUGCGAGGAUCUGGUGCGGAACAAUGAGGCCGGAAGACGCCCUCUCCAAGAUCCGCUCCUCUGUGCACUCCCUAGGGCCAAUCCGCGUCCUUGGGCCACUGUCGAACUCGCAGGACUUUGCCAGGUCCUACAACUGCCCCGUCGGGAGUAGGAUGAACCCAGACAAGAAGUGUUCAGUGUGGUGAGCUGGCGUGGCAGUUUGUCCUUCAACAACAGCCACUCGAGGUGAAGAAUGUGUCAUGUAUCCACUCCCGUCGCUGCUGAUGAGGCGGUUGUUUGGUUUGUUGACAGGCUGAGUUGUGUCGCUCCUCACCUCACCUCACCUCACCUCACCGCGAUGUCUUGACGCAGAGGAGAGAGAGUAAAAGAGAGCGAGAGAUAGUUAAAAUAAGAAAGAAAAGGAAAAAAGUGAGAGAUUAGAGAUGAAAAAAAAGAAAGAAAGUAAGAGAGAAAGAGAGUUGGUUUAAUCUCAUCUCUUUCCCCUUUUUGAAGUCACGUCUUGGUCACAGUCGGAACAAAAUAAUGAUGGAUUGGGAGGAUGAAAAAUUUUACCGGUGAAUGGAACUUUUUUUUCUUGAUUAAGUCGUCUUUGAUUAAUGAUGUUUGUUGUGGGAGGGACAAAGACGAUAAUGUUAAGUUCCCUUUUUUGGCGUCGAGACCUCUUGUUGUGUCGGGCGAUCGGGUUCCCUUCACAGCGCCUCUACAGGAAAAAAAUAAUAUAAAAAAAGAGAGACCACGCGAGCCGCAGGAGGGAUUCUGAGGAAGCCCUCAAACACUCGCGCUGGUUUGCUAGGACCAGAAAAAAAUAUAUAGGCGAAAUAAUAUAUGGAAAAAAUCUUUCUUGGAUAUAUUUCUCACGUUCGUAGUUAAGUAGUUGUUCAGAAUAUAACAAAAAGAACAUAUUUCAGGGGAUAGGUUUUAAAAAGGCGCUAAAACUAUAGAGUACAGACUAUUAUUAUCAUUAUUAUUAUUAUUAUUAUUAUUAUUAUCAUUUUUACCAUUGUAUGUAAUUCUUUUGCUCCUAUUUAGCAAGCUUUCGGACGGUUAAUGCAUUCCGUCACUAUACAAACAUAAAUAUAUAUAAGUAAGUAUCUCCCGUAAGUCCUUCCUCUCCGUUACGCCAACCAACAUAACAUAUCACUCUACAAAACAUAUCCUUGGCACCAGUAGUGUGUAUCCUAUAGGAUGCUGGACGCUGCAUAACCUCCUACAUAUCCUUCCACGAACCUCAUCAUUCAUCUUAGAGAGAGAGAGAGAGAGAGAGAGAGAGAGAGAGAGAGAGAGAGAGACCUAUCACUUUACUACCUGUUCACAGACUCUGGACCGAAGAAUGCAGUCAGUCCCUAAAUCUUUCUACUCCGGGUCUCGAUCGCAUAUUUUUACGUUGGUCUGACCUCCUGCCCUUCUGCCGGCGUCUCCCUUUUCGUUCUCUUCAUAUAUAUACCGUAAUAAUAAUAAUAAUCUAAUCAAUCCUACACGAGGACUAGAUAGGAGCAUUCCUCUUGUACAUAGACCAUGAUACGCGAAGAUUAAUUUUCUAUUUUUAUGUAUCAGUAGAAUACAAUGUUUCUCUCUUUUCGUUCCGGCUAACGUUAAGUGUGUUUAGGACGUGUCGUGUGUCGCCUUUUGGGUCUCCCCGCCUCCCCCUCCUCCCCAUCACACGCCCCCCUUAUCAUAAGAACAUGGUCUGCAAGAGGCCGGUAAGCUUAUGCAAGGUCAUGUUAGGCUGGGAAGGGGCAGGAGGAAUAGGAAGGGCUGGUGGAGGGAUGUGGGGGAACCGUAUGUUUUGGGAAAGAAAAGGAAAGGGAGUGAAGGGAUGUUUUGGGAAAGAAAAGGAAGAAAGGGAGUGAAGGGAUGUUUUGGGAAAGAAAAGGAAGGAAGGGAGUGAAGGGAUGUUUUGGGAAAGAAAAGGAAGGAAGGGAGUGAAGGGAUGCUUUGGGAAAGAAAAGGAAGGAAGGAAGUGAAGGGAUGGAGGAAUGGGAAGGGAAGGGGAAGGUGCAAUGGAGAAAUGUGUGUGAAAGAAAUGGAAGGGAGGAGUGAGGCAGUGAUAAGUAUGGUUCAAGGAAGAAUGGAACAGAGAAGGGAAAGUGCGUAGAAUUAUGUAGUUGGGUGGGGGAGGGCGGUAGGAGGGAGGGAGGAGAAGGGAAGUGAAGGAUGAUAAAGAAAUGAAAGUAAAGAAAGGAGGGAGGGAGGAAACACUAACAAAACCUAAACACAUCAAAAUUCAAUAACCUACAUUCGGCGUAUCUGGCACCACCUCCUCCCGGGACACAGAGGGACAGUAUGCGGACACAGAAAGGGACAUAAGGCAGGGGACAUCAGGUGGCAGAGUACGACCCGCCUCCUCGUGACGGGUUGUUAGGAGUUAGGGAGGCGAUGGGAAGGGAGCAGGGGCGGUGAGCGGCGACGUGGAGGCUGCAGGGGUGUGACACGCGACACGACAUAUCAGUACAGGGUCAGUUCGCCAGUUCGUACGCAGGAUUCCAAAUAGUACUCACCAUUGAGGGGAAAAAAACUAUUCCGAAAAACUGAGCAAAAAUUUAAUUAUGGUUCAUUUUACAGGUCAUCAAACAGUUCACCUUCACCUGAGCGCAAGUUUUCAGAGUAGUUCCAUUUGCCGGGGGGGCGUUUACCUCCACUGAUUGAUUUCCCCGUUGAUUACGAUCACUACAUGUUGGAAGGGUGCGUACUAAUUGGCGAGCCUACCCUCAUUAUGGAGUACAGUAUAUAAGCGCUAUUUUACACCUCUAACCUCAUGCAGUAUUUUGACGUUAAUGCCAACCUCCCCAUCCUCCUCCUCCUCCUCCUCCCUCUUGAUCUUCCCCCUCCUCCUCCUCCUCCUCCUCCACCACCUCCAUCUCCUCCUCCUCCCUCUUGAUCUUCCCCCUCCUCCUCCUCCUCCUGUUCCACCACCUCCACCUCCUCCUCCUCCCUCUUGAUCCCCCUCCUCCUCCUCCCGUUAGUGCAGCUCUACCUCCUCCCGCCGUCGUUCUCAUCCCCAACCAAACCACCAAACAACCAUUUUUUAAUUAAUUCUCAGAGACGAGUUCGCCGACAAUACGUUGUAUAGAAGAUUUUAGAAGCAAAGGUAACACAAACCAUGAUGUAUUAUUAUUAUUAUUAUUAUUAUUAUUAUUAUUAUUAUUAUUAUUAUUAUUAUUAUUAUUAUUAUUAUCAUUAUUGUAUGUGUCAUGACUAAUCCUUAAAGGACUUUAGGUUAUCUAUUAAAAAUACUUUGGUGUCACAUCUCUUCGUUCUUCUUGAACAGUGGUUCCCAAUGUUCUAGCACUCGCGACCCUCUUCCCAAAGUCUUCAAACCCAUGCGACGCCCCGACAUCAGUAGUUUAUUUUACACAUUUUUAAUACACUAAUUUUCACCCUUAACCAUCCCUCACAUACCCCAAAAGAUACCCUGAUGUUCCUUCUCAACACACACCUGCCGCAGCACACAACACCAGCUGAAUAACAGCACAGAACACAAUCUCAAAACGAUAAGCUAUGAAAAUUAAUGUCCCAAGCCGUUUCUUUCUGGCGACCCUCCCCAAGGGAUCGCGACCCACGGAUUGGGAACUCCUGUUCUAGAAACUGAAUACUGACAUGUUUAUUUUCUUCCUCAGUUUUCCUUGUUCAUCACUGGUCUUUGGUAUUCCUUCGUCCGUGAUUUCUUUCUCUUUUUCUUUCUUGAGGUCUUUGAAUUUUCUUUUUCAUUUUUUGCUUCAUGUGUUUUUCCUGGUUCGUCCUUGGCCUCGGCGACUCGUCUCGUUGGGGCAGCACCGGCAGGCCGCCUCGACUCUGUACUAGUUCAUGUGAUGUCAGGAAGAGGACUAUUUUCAUUUUAUACUGAUUUGUAACAUAGACAAAGAUUUUUAUUGCACAGAUUACCGCUUUGUAUAUAAGUGAUGCAAUUAUUGUCGCCAUUUUAAACAAUUCAUGAAUCAUAAGUCAAACUCCUGA